AUGGGUUAUGGUGGUGGAUACGGCAUGGGUUAUGGAGGUAGCAUGGGUGGCGGUUAUGGCGGUGGAUACGGCAUGGGUUAUGGCGGUGGAUACAGUAUGGGUUAUUGCGGUGGUUGGGGCGGCGGUUAUGGAAUGGGUUUCGGCGGUGGCAUGGGUGGUGGUUAUGGCGGCGGAUACGGCAUGGGUUAUGGCGGUGGCAUGGGAGGCGGCUUUGGUGGUGGAUACGGAGGAGGAUAUGGAAUGGGUGGCUGGGGAGGCAGAAGAUGCAGAUGUAGACACCGAUGCUGGUGA